AUGGGAGGUUGCUGGUCACGUAAAACUGAUAGCCGUCGGAAAACUACACACACGCGGUCAUACUACUGGGACGAACCAGAUUGGGAACCUGAAGUGUGCGCUGUAACUGUGUCGUUGCAUACGCCACCAGCGGAAACUUUUGUUCGACGCGUACCAGUAAGUGGGCCAGCACAACCUGCUAACCGUGUGUACACAGUCCCGAAGCCGACAGUACCGAGUGUACCAAAACCAAAGCCCCCUGCACCUGUAAAGGAGAAAUUGGUGCCUUUAUAUGGAGAGUACAAAUGCGGCAGUUGUAAAAACUUUUGGGUUAGCCGUCUGUCGUGGCCCAACAGAUAUCAACAGUGUCGGCGUUGCAAGUCAUACGCGCGUCCAAAAAAUCAGAGAGAACUGCUUCCUACUGACUAUACCCGUGGUAAGGACGACGUCGGCUCGGAGCAUCCUCAAGAGUUUUGCGAGAUGUGUAAACAGCUGGGAAAGCAUUGUGGAACAUACAAAUCAAAAUAA